AUGGUUGACGUUAGUGAGCUCAAACGCUCUCUACCUCCUUACAGUGUUGCAACUGUUGAAGACCUCAAAAAGAGUAAUGCAAGUGAAUUGCCCAUAAGGAAAAAAUCUGAACAUUUUCAAUUCCCUUUGAAUAUUCAGGACAAAUUCGAUGUGGUUCUUGUCAUGGAGAAGUUUAGGAAACAGAAGUUCUAUUCGGGAUUGGCAGCGCCACAGCUAGGAAUUUUGAAACGUCUGAUCGUCUUCACCAUUCCUAGGAGCGAAACCAAUGAUUUGUGCAGAACUAAGGUGUUUCUUAACCCAACCUAUGAGAAAGUAGGUGAUGAUAUGAUUGAUGACAUUGAGUGUUGUGCAUCUGUAAGGAAUGUGGUUGCGUCUGUUCCAAGGUAUGCGAGGAUCCGCUACCAAGCCUUUGAUAUCAAGGGAGGUUCAAUAGAAGGAGAGGUGACGGGCACAACAGCUCAACUCAUACAACACGAGGUCGACCACCUUGAUGGCAAGUUGUUCAUCGAUCUUGUUUCCCCAGACAAGUUGAUGAGUGUCAAGGGCUACAUUAGAUUUUUAGAAAAUAAAAACUUUCAAACCGAGAGUUCAAAUUAA